AUGGUUGCCGAAUCAAAGCUAUACGAUGCAUUGAGCAUCAAGCCUGAUGCCUCGCAAGAUGAGAUCAAAAAGGCAUACAGGAAGGCUGCUUUGAAGCAUCACCCCGACAAGAACAAAGACAAUCCUAAAGCUGCCGAUAAAUUCAAAGAGGUUUCUCAGGCAUAUGAGGUCCUUUCGGACCCUGAAAAAAGAAAGAUAUACGAUCAAUUCGGCUUGGACUAUCUGAUGCGUGGUGGUCCGGCACCUUCUGCUGGUCCCGGAGGAGCUGGCGGUCCCUCAGGCUUCGAAACUGGCGGUAUGCCUGGAGGAUUCAACUUUACCAACAUGGGCGGAGCACCCGGUGGUGGUACCCGUACUUUCCACUUCUCUGGCCCAGGAGGUGCCAGUGGAUUUCGCUUCAGCAAUGCCGACGACAUAUUCAAGAACUUCGCCAAAACCGGAGGUGGUGGAAUGGGUACGGGCGACGAUGAAGAUGACAUUUUUGCUAAUAUACUGGGCGGUGGGCUCGGAGGCAGUCCAAGGUUCAGGACAUCCGGGCCCGGUGCGAACUUCACCCAGCGCCGUGCACCUACCCCCGAACCUCGGGUAGAGGAGAAGCCUCUUUUGCUUUCUCUAGAAGAGAUCUUCAACGGUACGACAAAGAAGGUCACAGUUAAAAGCAAGACAUUUGAUUCCAGUGGAAAGCGAAAAGUCCAUGACGUCACUCUCGAGGCUACUAUUAAGCCUGGUUUGAGGUCUGGUUCCAAGAUCAAAUACAAAGGCGUUGGCGAUCAGGAAGAAGGUGGUCGACAAGACGUACAUUUAAUUGUUACAGAGAAAGAACAUCCUGUAUUCAAACGCAGCGGCGACCACCUCAUCGCAACGGUCGAUCUCAGCCUGAAAGAGGCGCUCACGGGCUGGGAGCGAAUUGUAAAAACGAUCGAUGGCAAGUCAAUUCGUGUCGCUAAGCCGGGACCUACUCCGUCUGGGUACGAAGAGCGUUUCCCUGGGUUGGGUAUGCCAAUUUCGAAGAAUCCAAGCGAACGAGGGGAUAUGAUCGUAAAGGUCAACGUCAAGUUCCCAACAAGUUUGACAGCCAGCCAAAAAGAUAUUUUGAAAGAUGUUUUACCCUGA